AUGACGAGCGCUCUCGGUGAAGCCAUUCAUUGGGGAAGGACAGUGGCGGUGACGGUCUGUCAGCGCGUCGCAGCUGUGGCUGACGGGAUUUUUAAAUCCAUAAUUCAGAAGUACGCGCGCCGCUCCUCCCGGGCGCCGUCACUGCGGUCACCGGGCGCACACGGAGGGUCCCUGGGGGGCCGCGGGGGACAGUUCUCCCGGGAGCUGACAGAGUUGUUACAGUGGUACGCAGCCUCCUUUAAAGACCCCAUGAUGCUCCAGCCCCCGGAGUGGUUCAAGGCGUUCAUAUAUUGCGAAGCUUUCUUACAAAUGCCGUUCUUCCCCGUUGCAGUCUACGCCUUCUUCAAAGGUGGCUGCAAAUGGAUACGGACUCCUGCAAUUAUCUACUCCACCCACGUAGCGACCACCUUGUUUGCUAUCCUCGCGCAUAUCCUGUUCCACGACUUCUCAAAGUCUGAGCGUUUGGGACCUCAGACACAACGUGAGCGCCUCACUCUGCUAUCGGUAUACGCGCCGUACCUGCUGAUACCACUUCUGAUUCUUUUCACCAUGCUCUUCCACCCCCACUAUAACCACGUGGAGAAGAGGAAAAGGAAGUAG